UUUUUUGCUAGGGAACCGACUGUUGUCGCCCCGCCCCCCCGGGGCUGGGGGGGGUGUUUGUCCCGUUAACUGUCGGAGUGGCGGGGGCGCCAGCGCCAGGCGACAUGCCGGUGCGUUUCAAGGGGCUGAGUGAAUACCAGAGAAACUUCCUUUGGAAAAAGUCCUAUUUGUCAGAAUGUUACAAUCCCUCAGUGGCUCAAAGGCACCCAUGGGCUGGACUUAGAUCAGAUCAGUUUGGAAUCACAAGAGAGCCAGGUUUUCUCUCCAAAAGAAAAGUCCCUUACCAUGACCCACAGAUUUCAAAAUCUUUUGAGUGGCAUGGACCUGUCACACAAAGCGAUGUGGUUCUGUCACCCAAGCCCAGAGCACCAGAAACAGCAAAAUUACAAGAAACAAACCAAGAAGAUGGUGGUAAUGAAGAAAAAGUUCCUGUGUUAGAAGCUUGCAGGGUUCCCAAGAGAACUAGAUCUCACUCUGCAGACUCCAGAACAGAAGGGGCUUCAGAUAUUGUGGAAAAUAAUGAGGAUGAACUAGUGGACCAUGCACCAGUUACUGAAAAUGUACAAUCGGAACAGACUACGGGGCUUCUUUCAGAAAAUGUAGAUGAUGGGGUGGAUAGAGUUCUUCGGAAGAAAGCUGGAUUGACUGUGGUUCCUUCAAAGAGUGCCUUGAGAAAUUCUGAAUAUCAAAGGCAGUUUGUUUGGAAGACCCCGAAAGAAAUUACUCCAGGUUUUACAGCCAAUCAGGUGUUCCACAGUAAAAGCCAACUUCUUUCACAAUUCAAAGACAAUCCCGUCAUCCAUGAAACUGAAUAUAAGAGAAAUUUUAAGGGUUUAUCUCCAGUGAAAGAACCAAAAUUAAGAAAUAGUUUGAAAGAGAACGGAAAUUUUGAAACAAUAUCUUCUGAAAAAAAGUGUAAUAAAAUAGAUGACCUUUUAAAAUUAGAAGCAGAGAUGGAAUCAAAAGACCUAGAUCAGCCUAAGCUGAAAGUUUCUCCUUGGAGACAUCAAAGGCUUGGGAAGGUGAAUUCUGAAUAUAGAGCAAAAUUUUUGAGCCCUUCCCAGUAUUUCUAUAAAGCUGGGGCUUGGACACACGUGAAGGAAAACAUACCAGAUCAGGGCUCUCUAAAUGCUAUGUGGUAUGCCGAGGUAAAAGAACUCCGAGAGAAAGCCGAGUUUUAUAGGAAGCGAGUUCAGGGGACGCAUUUUUCACGGGACCAUCUGAAUCAGAUUCUGUCUGAUAAAAACCGUUGUUGGGAUGUCUCCUCAAUCACAAGCUCAGAAGGAACCAUUAGUACCAACAUUAGAGCACUAGAUCUUGCUGGAGAUCCUACCAGCCAUACGACUUUACAGAAAGGAUCUUCUACAAGGCCAGAAGAAAAGAGACCUCCCUUGGAAGAGCAGCCCCAGACAGAAGCCAUGGACAAAGAGUGUGUGUCAGAGGCACCCACUGUGCCUGUGAGAAGGCGUCUGGCUUGGGAUGCAGAGGACCCUGGUGAAGACAUGCAGAAACAGCCCAGAGAGGAGGAGCAGGAGGAGCAAAGGGAAAAGGACAAACAGGCUCACACAGACGAGCCAGAGAAGUGGGAAGUACUUGAAAAAUACAAGGCAGACAAGAUGAAAGAAGGGUCAGAGUCUUCCUCCCUAUCUUCAGAAAAAGGAGGCAGGCUUCCUACACCUAUGCUGAAAGAACUUGAUGGAAUGCAAAGGACUCAUCAUGAUCGCACCACACCAGCUGUUGGUGGUGCUGUUUUAGUGUCCCCAUCUAAAGAGAGACAUCGAGUCCCAGAACAGAGGAAAAGACUGCCCUCUCAGAGUACUAUAGACAUGCCAAAGAAUUUUACAAAGAAAGAAAUUCGUUCCGUAACUCUCCUAACUUCUCCAGCUGCUGGUAUGAAAACAAUUGAUCCCCUGCCUUUGAGAGAAGAUUCUGAAAUCAAUAUCCCCAAGCUUGUAGAGCCAAGUCCUCCAGUUUCAAAAAUUUCAGAAUAUCCAGCAGAUAUACCACGGAAAACUCUUUCUCCUUGUGCCACAUCCUUUUGGAAUCCUGCUCUUCGAAUUCAGGGCUCUCUGAAAGAUCCAGAAUUUCAGCAUAAUGUGGGAAAAGCAAGGAGGAAGAGUUUCCAAUUACCUCAGCAAGAAACCUUUAAUGAUGAAGAUGAGGACAGAUUAUCUGUGAUUUCUGCUCGUUCUGCAGCUUCUAGUCUCCAGGCUUUUCAAACUCUGGCACGAGCUCAGAAAAGGAAGGAGAAUUUCUGGGUGUGCUGAAGGCAGAGGUUUAGUGGAAGAAAAAAGGGUACUUUGGAGGAACUAGAUUUAAGUCUAGAAAGCAGGAGGCAAUGGAUCCUGAAGUUGAAGCGUUUCUCGUCACUGCCUCUCCAUGAUGACCUACAUUCAGCUCACACACUCAGUUUGGGACAGGAGUGCUGAAAUGAUUGGACUGUUUCCAUUAUGUGGUGAAGCAAGAAAGACUGAUUACAAUGUUGUGGUUCGGUAUCUUGGGAAAGUGGUGGAAUACAUUUCCUGAUACGUACUAACUGUAUUAGUGUAACAAUGCAUUGGAGAUGCUAUCACAUAUGAGUCAGGAAAUGUGAAGAUAUAGAAUCUAUGAUA